AUGGCAAAGAACCCGAGCAAAGCCACCGUCGAGGGCGACGAAGAUCGCGGGUACGAUUUGGACUGGCCCUCGUCGCAAAGGUGGAAUCCCCACUACCGCGUGCCGCGCAACUCGACCGAACGGAGCGCCAAAGCCCCACGGAUUCAGGGGGUCGCUGGUGCUAGUCCUGCCGACAGACAUGAUGACGGCGCGGCCGACGGCACCCAGGACAGCGGGGACGAGUACGGCGGCGUGCCCAGCCUGGACCACUGGCUCGAGACAGUGGCCGAGCUCUACAUGAACCAGCUCGACAACCGCGCCCGCUGGGACCCGCGCUGGCUCAACAUCACCCGCCGCGAGCGCUUCCAGGGCCUCGAGAGCGCUCGCGUCACCAUUGUCGACUACCUGGAGCACACUGUCCUCCGCGAUACCUUUACCGCCGCUGCCGACGGUCACGGCCCCCGCGGCCGGAGCGGGAGCAGCAGCGAAAGGCGCCGCCUUGCCGCGGCACUGAAUGCCCGGCCCCCGGACAGCACGCUGCGCGUGGUGGUGGUAACGGACCUAAGCCGCUUCCUCAUGGGUGCGCUAGGCCAGCUGUUCGAGGUCGACCCAGAGUUCUGGUUCGAGCACCUGGUCAACUCGGGAUAUCGCGCCAGCGACGCCAACCUCAAGGUCAAGAACGGCGUCUGGAUGAACUGGGCCCAGCGCGAGACCCGCUUCCGCCACCGCGCCCUCCCGGGGCCCGGCCAGCCGACGGAGUGGAACGUCGAGCGCCGGCGCCGGCGCCGCGACCUCCAGCGGCAGCGGCAGCUCCCCGCGGCCAGCUGGGCACACAUGCGCUGGGGCCGGCUGGGGCUGCUCAACUACCUCGGCCGCGAGGGCUUCCACGAGCAGGAGAUCGAGAUGCGCAUCGGCGGCGACGGGCGCCUGGUCAUGGAGCGCGACGUGGCGCUCGACAAGUUCGGCCUCACCAUGAGGCCCACGCUCAGGGACCGGGCCGUCGCCCUGUCGGCUCACGGCGGCAAGUCCAAGUCGGCGGGCGACGAGUUCUUGGGCCCCUUUGGCGGGCCCAGCGAGCCGCCCGAGCUGGACGCCGGCGGGAAGGAGGGCUCAGCCCGUGUCAAGGCAUCCAACGUCUACAGGCCGUACAGCACUUUCAGCAGUCUUCCGAGAAGCCGCAAGCAAUGGCUGAACCGUGACUUGCGCGUCAUGGCCCCCGAAGGCGCCAGCAUCUGGUCUGGUGCCGAUGCCGAGGGCAGGCAGACGGUCCUGGUGUUGCUCGACCCUCCACGGGCGAUGCGCAACAUCAAGACUAACGAGCUCACGCCGUCGCUCACCUUCAUGCCCCGGCCGAUGGAGAUGGAGACCUACACGGACGAGGAGGCGUGGCGCGUGGCAGAUCCCAACGAGACCUAUCUCGAUCCCCCGCCUUUACCCCUAACAAAGGACGAGCGCAAGGCCGAGCGGGAUGCGGCGAGGCGGGCGCGUGUGCAGAAAAGAGAAAGAAGGAAGGCGCUGGAGAAAGAGGCAAAGAAGAAGGCGGCACAAAGACCGUCCCAGCCGGCCGGAGAUAAGACCGGCCCCGUUGUUGUGGCCAUGGAAGAGGGUGGCCCGGGCGGCGACGACGCCGAAAACUACGAUGACAACAAAUCCGUAACCUCGCAUCACAGCGAAAGCAGCUUUGCCGAAGACGACUACCGAGAGGCGCACCGCAACAGGUACAAGCACGCAAAGUGGUACGCGCGCGACCGCGACUUUGCGCGCAAAAGGGGGCGUCGGUCCCGACGGGGGGCCGCCGCGAGCAGCCGCUGCCUCCCGCGCCGCGGCCACGCUGGCCCAGAUCUCGCUCGACGACCUCUGGCGGCUGGCCGCCGAGAUGCGGCUGACGCUGGACCACGCUGA